AUGAACCCCCGGUCCGGGUACCUAUUGGGAUGGACGGCCUUCCUCUUCUAUUUCGCCGAGACGACUGAAAAUAAGAAAGGGUCGUGUGUAUUUCCCUUCAUCUACAAAGGGUUGACUUCUUUUUCAUGCACCAAGAUCAACAGCAUCUUUCCCUGGUGUGCAACCAAAGCCAUUUAUGAUGGAAAUUGGAAGUACUGUGAAAAGGAAGAUUAUCCACGAUGCAUCUUCCCUUUUCUCUAUCAUGGAAAAUCCUUCAAUAGCUGCACCACGGAAGGCAGCUGGCUGCAAAAGAAGUGGUGUUCGGUGACAUCCAGUUACGAUGAGAAGCUACAGUGGAAAUACUGUGAAGAAAAUGGAAUUUCUUCAGUGGCUUUUGGCCACCCUUGUCACUUCCCGUUCACCUAUAAAAACAAUAAUUAUUACAACUGCACUACCAAAGGCUCAAAGAACAACCUUCCGUGGUGUGCAACCUCUUACAACUAUGACCAGGACCACACCUGGGUGUAUUGUUAG